AUGGAAUGGGCAAUUGGAGAUGUGGAAGAUGCUAAACCACCAAAGAAAUUAGUUGCAGAUAAUGGAAAAUUUUACGAAUUUAAUGAUGAUGCCCAACAGGUUUUUAUUGGUGUAAUUGGAUGUAUUCCAAACUUUGGAGCUGCCAUCCAACCUUUUGUUGGUAUUUUCUUUAAGCAGGUUUUUGGAAAAGAAGAUCCAAUGACUACUCUGAGAAAUGAUUUAAACCAAAAGAUUUAUGAUGUUUACAAGAACACUGCUAAAGCAUUGGGUGACCAAUGGAUGUUGAAUUGCAAAUUGAGAGUUGAUGAAAUGGCUGCAACAUUUGCAAAGUACAACAAAUACAAGAUGUUGAUACACGACGCUAAAAAUGGAGAGGGUGAUUUGAAAGAGGCCAAAGAAUCAUUCAAGAACCAUUUUAAUAUCACCCAAGAUAAAUUGACAUCAAUGUUGAUAUAUCUAAGUGAUAAGACGCACAUCCAUAUCACUUGUGAUCUGUAUCUUGGUAUCACAUUCCUCAGUGCUGCUUUCUAUGGAGAUAUUAAUAGAAAUGGUUUAGAGUAUGGACUAAACCCCGCUGAAAUUAAAGGAACCACCAACUAUAGAUCGGCCAAAGAACGUAGUCGUGAUGUUCUUCAAUUAACAUGGAAUCAACUUUACAACAAAAAUAUGGUAUCCCAAGAAACUCAAGAAAAGGUAUUUUGCUACUUUUUAGAUCUAGAUUUGGCAAGAUACCCAGAACCUCCAAUCAGACCAACUUCGGAUAUUUUGACCCUUGAUCAAAGAUCAAUUACAAGUUACUACUUGAAGUAUGAUCCACACCAUCAAAUUAAGAAUUUUUCCUAUGAUGUUCAAAACUUCAACAAUAGGAUUGAUAUUUUCUCGGGUUGCAAAGGAAUUACUGUUGGUUAUGAGGGAUCUGUUCCAUUGGCGUUUCAAAACAUUGGUGCUAAAUCGGUUCAAAUUAGAUUUCAUUAUAUUGGAGCUCAUUUUUUGGCAAACACUACCAUGACAGUCGUUAAAAAGUAUGAUGGUAUACUUCCUACAAUUGAUUCCUUCACCGAUAAACAAUUAGAGGAUCAUGUCAAAAAGUUAAAGGAACGUUACGACAUCUAUAGUAGUUAUGACGAUGAUCUUUUCGAUAAAAUGGGAAUUAAAAAAACAAAAGAACAAAACUAUGCAAAAUGUAAGGAAUACUUAUCAUUCCCAGUUGAUAAAUCGAGUAAAAAAACAACAACAACAACAACUACUACAACUAGUACACCAGUGGAGGAAAAGAAAGAUGAUUUGGGUGAUGAUUUGGAUGAUGAUGAUAUGGAUGGUGAAACAAGUUAUUCUUAUGUUCGUGAAGAUGAUGAUAUCCAAUGGCCUGGAGAGGAAGAAAUCUAUAAACAAUCAUUUACCAGAAAAGAAAGUGUUGGGGUUUUAAAUACUGACAGAGCAAAAGCUAAUGAAUCAGAAGCAUUUGCCGAAGAUCCAUAUUAUGGAGGACCAGCUCAUGGAUUGUUCACUUCAAAAACAUUUGAUCUACCAAAUGAUUUCUAUGGUUCGAUCGAGUUUAGUUCAGCAUUGGGAUUCAUAUCAACGGGUGUUAAUAUGCGUUAUUAUCAGAAUGAAAUGUUAAAGAUCGGUUAUGUUGAAAUCUUUGUUGAAAAUAAGGUAAACAACUAA